CGCGGAGGACUACCUCUCCCUACUCCGCCCACCCCACCUCGCCGCCGAGAGGAAGCUGCUCCUUGCCUCGCCUCGUGCUCUCCGCCUUCCCCGCCUCGCUUCCUCCUCCGCGCGCCCUUCGCCGAGGCGCCAGCGAGAGCCUAUAAAGCGCCCCCACCGUCGCCACCGCCAGCCCGCCGCUGCUACCCCCUCUGCGAGCGCGACACGAGACGGGACGGGACCAAUGGCGGCCGCUGCUGCGUCCUCCACGCUGCACGGCGUCGGCGCCGUCGCCUCCCCCAAGCCCAGAUCCGCCGCCCCAGCGGCGGCGAGGAGGAGCGCGCGCGUGGCCGCCGUGGCGGCGAAGGGAGGAGCGGGCCCGGCGCGAGGCAGGCUGGUGGCUCGCAACGCCGUUGCAGCGAAGGCGGAUGAGGCGGCCGCGGCGGCGGGAUCCAAGUCUGGCGGCCAUGAGGUGCUGAUGUUUGAGGCCCUUCGUGAAGCCUUGAUAGAAGAGAUGAAUUUGGACCCAACGGUGUGUGUCAUGGGUGAAGAUGUUGGUCACUAUGGAGGUUCAUACAAGGUGACCAAGGGCUUGGCUGAGAUGUUUGGAGAUCUCCGAGUUCUUGAUACUCCUAUUGCUGAGAACUCUUUCACUGGCAUGGGGGUUGGAGCAGCAAUGAAGGGGCUCAGGCCUGUUGUUGAAGGCAUGAACAUGGGUUUCCUUCUCCUUGCCUACAAUCAGAUCUCGAACAACUGUGGUAUGCUCCACUACACUUCAGGUGGUCAGUUCAAGAUCCCAAUUGUGAUCCGAGGCCCUGGUGGUGUUGGUCGUCAGCUCGGUGCAGAGCACUCACAGCGUCUUGAGUCGUACUUCCAGUCAAUCCCCGGCCUUCAAAUGGUUGCUUGCUCUACUCCUUACAAUGCUAAGGGCCUGAUGAAGGCAGCCAUAAGGAGUGAGAACCCUGUGGUGCUAUUUGAGCACGUCCUCCUGUACAACCUGAAGGAGAAAAUCCCUGAUGAGGAAUACAUCUGCUGCCUGGAGGAGGCUGAGAUGGUGCGCCCAGGUGAGCACGUGACCAUCCUCACGUACUCCCGCAUGAGGUACCACGUGAUGCAGGCCGCCAAGACCCUGGUGAACAAAGGGUACGACCCCGAGGUCAUCGACAUCAGGUCGCUGAAGCCGUUCGAUCUGCACACGAUCGGGAACUCGAUCAAGAAGACCCACCGCGUGCUGAUCGUGGAGGAGUGCAUGCGGACGGGCGGCAUCGGCGCCAGCCUGAGGUCCGCCAUCAUCGACAACUUCUGGGACUACCUGGAUGCCCCCAUCAUGUGCCUUUCGUCGCAGGACGUGCCGACCCCGUACGCCGCGACCCUGGAGGACGCCACCGUGGUGCAGCCUGCGCAGAUCGUGGCGGCAGUGGAGCAGAUUUGCCAAUGAUCGCAGCAUCACGACAUUGCUAAGUUACAUUGUUUGUCGAUUCGUAAACACCAUGUGCUGUUUGUUUUGCCGUGUAGUGACACUUUUUGUGGUGUAGACAUAUGUUCUAUUUCUCUAACGGUGCAUAUUUUGCAAGAUUUGAUGCCCUGUAUUGGAUGCUGGUCCUUGUUCUCCA